AACACUCAAGAAAGACUUUGAAUUGACGCCAAGCAUUCACUUGUUCAAAUCAAUCGAAGUAUUGUCAUUUCGAAGUUAUUUCUAUCAAAAUGAACCACAUUGUACCUUUCAUCAUUGUAAUACUAUUUGGCAAAUUUUGGGUGACAACGUCAAUGAAAGACCAAGAAAAAUCAACAUCGAUUGAUUGCAAGAAUUACAAUGAAACCGUGCCAAAAUUGAUGUCUACCGCUUCAUGGAUUGACUUUGUUGUUGCCCAUGCGAAAGGGCAUUUUGAAAAUCUCGAAUGGAAUGUUUUAAAAGAACUUCACAAUCAAAAACGAAAUGCAAUAAGUGCACUAUCAAAAGAAAAUGCUUCAAUCGAAUACCUUGAACGCAUGGCUGAUAUUUUUACAAAUUAUCGUAAAGGCGUUUUGGACAUGGAAUACUUUAUUGAUGUUAAAUCGACAGAGUUUACUGGAAAAUUGAAGAAAAGUCUGAUGAAUGCUAAAAAACAAAUGGAGGGAAAAGAUAAAAUGCAGAAAAUUCAAAUUGGAAAAGCAUAUUCCGAUAGGUUUGUAAACGAUAUGCAGGAAUUUGAUCGAAUGGUAACAAAUGAAUACAAUCGAAUUAUUCCAAUUAUUUUUCAACAACAACAACAACAUUCAUUUUUCCGCCCAGCAUAAGUUAUUAUUAAAGGGAAAACUAGAAAUCGAUUGCUAAUAUAACAUAAAAAUGUAUGCUUCUCUAUUUGACCAAUAAAGUCUCAAUAUUACUUUGAAAUUCAUCUAAAAAA